GUGGCAGUGAAAGUAAUUGACAAGAAAAGAGCCAAGAAGGACACCUAUGUCACCAAGAAUCUGCGUCGGGAAGGGCAGAUCCAGCAAAUGAUCCGCCACCCAAAUAUUGCUCAGCUGCUGGAUAUACUGGAGACUGAAAACAGCUACUACCUUGUCAUGGAGCUGUGCCCCGGUGGCAACUUGAUGCACAAGAUCUACGAGAAAAAAAGGCUCGAGGAGCAUGAAGCACGCAAAUAUAUCCGGCAGCUUAUCCUGGCAGUUGAGCAUCUUCACCGGGCGGGAGUAGUUCACAGAGACUUGAAGAUAGAAAAUCUGUUGCUAGAUGAAGACAACAAUAUCAAGCUUAUUGACUUUGGAUUGAGCAACUGUGCAGGCAUCUUGGGUUAUUCUGAUCCAUUCAGCACCCAGUGUGGGAGCCCAGCAUAUGCAGCCCCUGAACUUCUGGCAAGGAAAAAAUACGGGCCCAAAAUAGACGUUUGGUCCAUCGGGGUGAACAUGUAUGCAAUGUUGACUGGAACAUUACCUUUUACCGUGGAGCCAUUCAGCUUGAGAGCCUUAUACCAGAAAAUGGUGGACAAAGAAAUGAACCCUUUUCCCACCCAGCUCUCUACAGCGGCCAUAAACUUUCUACGAUCUCUACUAGAGCCAGAUCCUGCAAAGAGACCAAACAUCCAGCAGGCACUUGCAAAUCGAUGGCUUAAUGAGAAUUACCCUGGGAGAGCACCACCUUAUGUCACAUAUCCAAACAGGAUUCACCUUGAGGACCUUAGCCAGAGCGUGCUGCUCCAUAUGACUGAGAAGCUCGGCUACAAGAACAGCGAUGUCAUCAACACUGUGCUCUCAAACAGGGCGAGUCACACACUUGCCAUCUACUUCCUACUUAAUAAGAAGCUGGAGCGCUACUUGGCCAGCCUUAGGAAGUCCGAAGGCCAGGACAAUGUUUGCCACAAGAACCAGCUAUACCAGAUAGAAAAAUACAAGGCAAAUAAAGACUCCUAUGAGGACAAAAAACUCAAAGAACAAGAAAAGAAAGGGGAGAUCCUUCACCGUCAGCUCCCAAAGAAAACUGAGAAAAGUCCAGUUUCAUAUAGACAGCCUUCUUCCUGUCUUAUCUCACAGAUACAGAACACCAAGGCUCUGCUGAAGGACCGGAAAGUCACCAAGGCUGGAGGUCCGGAGAAAGACUCCAGCGGUGGGGUAAGCCCUUUCCACGAACCCCUGGCAAACAAGACAGGCUGCGUCACUUCCAGCUCCCUCGAGUACCUCGAAGUCCAGCAGCCACCCCCCAGAACCCCUCGGCUCCUCAAGAGGCAGGAGUCUCCGCAGCAGGAGCCGGCCCGGAUCGGGGGCCGGGCAAAGGACUCUCCUCUCAUCCUGAAUAUUGUGCACUCCUUCGAGUCGGUUGACAGAGAGGACCAAAUAGACCAGGUUUCCCCCUCUCAUCAGUACAGGAUUUUAGGCUCGCCAAUGAAUUUCCCUUACAAAAGCUCAAGUGAAAGGACACUGUCUCCACUUUUUCAGCCGGGGAGUACAUCCCCCAUCCACCCCACCCAGGUUUCUUUCACAUAUGAAGAAAAAGCUUAUCCGGCAAAGGAGGAAGCAGUGUCCCCUACUCAGCUGGUUUCCAACAACCCCUUGGGCAGCCCUAACUGUGUUAAAAGCAGAGGCAGAUUCCCCAUGAUGGGGAUCGGACAGAUGCUGCGGAAGAGGAACCAGACGAUGCAGUCAGCAAACGACAAGCCGCUGGAAGCGAGGAUGCCUCAGCUGCAGCAGAUGAGCCCCACGCAGAUUUCCUUCAAUGCAGCAGAAGCUGUCAGCGGCCAGUGUUAG